CGGAGGCGAGCGAGAGAGGGGCAGGAGAAGGGGAAAGCCUUGGGGAUUUGGAGGGCGGGAGACAGAUGAUGAUGACGAAGAGCUCGAUGGGGGCGAUGGAGGGGGCGGUGGUGGACGACAUUGUCCGGCGGCUCAUCGAGGGCGGCCGGAGCGGCGGCGGGAAGCAGGUCCAGCUCUCGGAAUCGGAGAUCCGGCAGCUCUGCGUCGAGGCCAAGCGGGUCUUCCUCUCCCAGCCCAGCCUCCUCGAUCUCCACGCCCCCAUAAAGAUCUGCGGUGAUAUACAUGGACAAUAUCUUGAUCUUAUAAGGAUAUUUGAAUGUGGUGGCUAUCCUCCAGCUUCAACUUACCUAUUUCUUGGGGACUAUGUUGAUAGGGGUAAACAGAGUUUGGAGACAAUAUGUUUACUUCUAGCAUAUAAAGUAAAGUACCCUGACAAAAUCUUUCUUCUGAGGGGGAACCAUGAAGAUGCAAAAAUCAAUAGGGUAUAUGGUUUUUAUGAUGAAUGUAAGCGGAGGUUCAAUGUUCGUCUCUGGAAGAUAUUUUGCGAUUGCUUCAAUUGCUUACCUAUUGCAGCGCUUGUCGAUGAGAAAAUCUUGUGUAUGCAUGGGGGGCUUUCACCAGAGUUGACCAGUUUGGACCAAUUAAGAGAUAUUGAGAGGCCCACUGAGAUUCCAGAUGAUGGUCUUCUUUGUGAUUUGCUUUGGUCUGAUCCUGAUCCUGAGGUUCAAGGGUGGGGAAUGAGUGAUAGAGGGGUUUCAUGUACUUUUGGUGCUAAUAAACUUGUUGAGUUUUUGGAAAAGAAUGAUCUUGAUCUUCUAUGCAGAGCUCAUCAGGUAGUAGAGGAUGGAUAUGAGUUUUUUGCACAACGGAGAUUAGUCACGAUAUUUUCAGCUCCAAAUUAUUGUGGUGAAUUUGAUAAUGCUGGUGCUUUGUUGAGCAUAGACGAGUCCCUACUGUGUUCAUUUGAGAUAUUGAAACCCAUUGGAAAUAAAGCUGGACCAGGCAGCUCUAACACAUUAAGACCAAUACCGAAGAAGUUGGCAAAAGGCGGGAAUAUUUGAUGUCUCUACAUUUAUGACCAAUCCGCUCAGCUAAAAUGACAAUGUCCAGAGGGUUUUCAUCCAAGCUUACAUUAAUUCUCUUUUAGCUUCUAGUAUCUAGUCUGGCAGGCGUUGCAAGACAUUUAACACCUCUUUAGACCAUCAGGAAGUCAAAGCUUGUAUAUUAAUUCAAAGCUUGUGUAUCAAUUUCCAGGAAAAAUCUGUCAAUUAAUUCCAGAGACUUUCUUCUUAUGUACAGCAAAAAAGUGUUGUUUAAUGUAAUUUUUCUCCCUUCCUCCUCCUUUACCCAUCAUC